AUUACCCAAGAUCUCCCGCGCUUGCGUUUGUCGGAUUGUGCUGGGGUAAAAAACGAAAAAUUGUUCCAGUGAUCGGGAUUAAAUAACAUUCAAUCGAUCCACAAAACAAACCUGUGAAAAUUUGAAUCGAUUCUCUGAAGUAAAGAUUUAUUCAGCAACUUGGAUGUUUGUGUAAGUUUAGGGAAAAUGUGACAGCUUGGCACAGCAGGAGAGUAACACCAAUGAUGGAGAGAGAAUGACCAGGAGGAUACAAACAAAAAUAUCUAAUGGAAUAGAGCAGUCUCUACUCUCUGACAAGCAGAGUCAUGGAAACCAAGGAAAAUGGUUCAGUAGACACCAUAAGUUCUGUGGAGAAUGGGCAGCUUUCAGAUCCAUCCCACUGGGCCGUAGCGGAUGUGGUCAAUUAUUUUAAAGCAACAGGGUUUGAGGAGCAAGCCAACGCAUUUCAGGAUCAGGAAAUCGAUGGUAAGUCUCUUUUAUUAAUGACUCGUAAUGACGUUCUGACCGGACUGUCAAUAAAACUGGGUCCCGCACUGAAGAUAUACGAGUUUCACGUGAAGCCUCUCCAAACCCAGCACUUAAAAAGCAAUGUGUCAUAGCUGCUGCAGCCACACGGGCGCAUGGAAGACAAUCACAGCAGGGGAAAGCAGGGUAACUGCAGACACAACUAAUACAUUUUAUGCAUCUUAAUACAUGAAAAAACAUACAACUCCAUGGUGAAUUUAUGCUUUUAAAGUCUCAUUCUGCUGUAUAGGCACAUGUACUGUUUGUCUCAUGGAUGUUUACCGACCUUUAACAGUGUCUUUGUUCAGAUUUGUUUUAAAGGAAAGAGUUGUACAUUAAUCAUUAUUGCUUUUAAGAUUAAAUGCUUGGUUUAAUAAUGUAAUGUGUAAUGUAAAAUGGAAAUGGCUUGAAUUGAAAUUGAACUGAUUCUUGAAGAUGUCUAUUUAACGCAUGAAGUACGUUUGAGCAGAAAUGAGAGUUAAAUUGCUGCCGCAAUGGUGCUUUUAUUGGUUUGUUGGUGUUCAUUUUUCCCCUUUGUAUUUUUCCAUGUUCUGAUUUCCAUGUAGCUAAAUGAUAAAAGUGUGUUGUAAAAAAGUAACAGCACAAAUAAUCAAAUGUCAGAAAAUGAUGUAUUUGCUGUGUUUCACAGCUGUAAUUGCUGAAUGCAUUAGAGAUUUAUUUGUGGGAGUCCUUCCAGAAUGACUGUGUGCUGCUAUUCAUUCUGUUAAUUUAUUUAAUUCUGUAACUAACAGUGUGAUUUCUGAGGAAUUGUCAUUGAUAGACAGCACAACAUUUUAAUUGUAAAACAGUUUUUAAAACAAGGUGCUUUAAAAAGGUUGAAGUGUGUAAAACAUGACUUGAGUGUAGCUUGCAAUAAAUGCUUUUUCAGAUUGCUGAAAUAAAUCUACUG